CAUGAACCAACAGGUCAUUGUCAUCAUCUACUGUCGACGAUGAAUCAAUCAUUCCAAAUCACUGCUUCAGUUUUUCGGUCAUGACACCUGUUCCUCCUUCCUCAUCUUCUCCGCGGUCCCACCUAGAUCGACCGGGACGAGGAGGAGAAGAUGGUGACGGAUCGAUUAAAAGACGCGUGCGCACCAAACAGGCAUGUGAACCAUGUCGCCGUCGACGGAGAAAAUGCAACGGACGUUUCCCGUGUGGGCAGUGUAUAGGAUACUCGUAUCGCUGCACAUAUGUCGGUGGUCCUCCCGACAAUGUGGAAGAUCAGACGGUGGAGGCAGAGAACGACGAUGGCAAAGAAGGUGAAUCCAAUGGCCAGAAACACAACCCACCACAACCGAAGCCCUUCGCUUCCGAAAUCUACAACCAUGACACCACGAGUGCUGCCGUUGUCGCACAAGAAAGCCCCGAGAGACGAGAGAGCCGAGCGAGUCGGUUUCGGCCUACAGUCGACACGGUCAAAGGUCGAUUUUCGAAUGCGCACAGUGGCAUUGCGAUGCCUCGAAGGUUAGGUCAGACCAUGAAUCUCGCGACACAUAUUCGAUUCCAUUCUUAUGGCUGGAACCUCAACACACGACUAGAACCGACGGCGUUUGUUGCACCGGCGGCGUGUCGACUCCUCACCUUCCAGGAUCUCACCUUCUACAGCCGCAUCUUCUUCCAGGUAGUAGAUCCAGUCUACCACUUUCUCGAUCAGCAAAGGUUCGUCGAACAAUGCGCACAAUAUUGGACGAGCGAAAAGGAAAACCUGGCCGACCUGGAAGCGGUCGUCUGUGGCGUCGUAGCACUCGGGUCUUUUUUCGCAGACACCCCAGCGGCCGUCGAGAGUUCACUGAUCGAACACGCAAAGCAGAUCCUCGACAUAGGAUGUGCCUAUGCGCCUGGCCGGGUGUCAAUGACUCAGAUAGCUGGAUGGAUCCUGCGCACGUUGUACCUCAGACUGACCACGCGGCCGCACCUGUCAUGGUUCGCGUCUUGUUCGACAAUGCACAUCGCAGAAGCCAUGGGUCUACAUGUCAACUUGCAAGAUGCCGAUCUCAUCAGCAAGGAAUCGGGAAACGUUACGAGUUCUUCAGAAGUCACCACGUCGCGCGCCGACCUUCUCGGAUGUGCCGUGUUCCUCAACAUGCUCAUCUCGGCGGAGUACGGUCGGUCACGAGUCAUCCUACAGGACGCAACCGAACCCACGUCGCCCUCGAGAUCGAACGUGAUGGACUUGUGUGACAUUAUGGUCCGGCUAGAGUCGACCUUGACACAAGAAGCGAGGACAAAGAUCUUGACGCGUCUCUCAACCCUACCUCUCGAACCACCAAUCUUUGGACUCCUCAAGACCGACGUGACCAUCCACCUGUUUCGACGCCACCUACAUUCGUACCAGGAGAAGCUCAACUCCGAAGAAGCCGCUGUGCUUUUGUCGAUCAUCAAGGAUGGACUGUCCGCGGCUCGAGAUCUGAUCCCUCAACGACAAGCGUGGUGGAACGUCUUGUCCACGCCCUUUCAGUCACUCAUGACGCUCUUGGCCAUCGACACCGACGAGAGCCUGUCGAUGAUCGAAGACACCAUUUCCGUUCUGGGGUUGGUCUACAAUACCUUUCCCACCCACCUGGCAGGCGAGGUUCUCCAAACCGCCCAACUUCUCAUCCAAGGGCUGGAGAAGAGAAAGAUCAGACAGGCUCAAAUGUUGAGCAAGGCUUACAGUGACACACAGUCGACCAUCGACACCCCGUCGUGUUCCAAUGCCUCGUCGGCGGCUCCAGCUCUGGCGGUCGAUCAGGCCGAGGCCGUAUUUGACAACUGGUUGACUGGGGACAUGAGUUGGAAUUGGCUCGCAACAAGUUCCAACGGGCCUCUAGGAGUGGGGACCGCGAAUGCCGAUGCUGCUGAUAAUAUGUUUGGUCUUGGAUGAUGGAUUGUGGUGAUUUAAUUUCCCACAUGUAAUGUUUCUGUCGUACCAAAGCACUUCGUACCUUUUCCCGCGUAUGGUCAUACCGGAGAAAUUCGGACGAGGCUCCUUUGCCUAAGGAAGUCGUAUCUUCG